AAAAAACAACAACAACAACAAUGGGCGCGUCUUAAAAAAGCAAGAAAGGAGGGAUGGAAAGAUCGCUUUUUUAGCAAACCAGAACCUGAUAAAUUAUUUGUCGAUGGGCAUUUUGUUCCCUUCUAGGCAAAUCUAGGUCUUUGGACUCGGCUUAUUUUAAUCGCCUUGUUUGUAAUUUUCAUCAGGCUUUUUUGUAACGGUAGAGGCAUGAGUAAGUUAGGACAAUUGGAAGGUGUAGUUAAAACGAUUGUCCCAAGCUUUGGCAGUGUCUUACCUCGCAGCUAUAUUUAGAGAUUUAUUUGUAAGCGCAUAAUUUAGUUUCUCAUUGAUCCCAUUCAGAAAAGAAUUUUCGGAUUUUAAAUUAUUUUUUUAAUGUCGGAGGGAUUCGAUCCCCUACAAAAAGGAAAGCCCUUUUUACCUGGCUAAAUGAACGGAGGCAUCACAUCAUCUUUCUUCAAGAAACCUAGCACUGUAGAUGUUGAAGACAUUUGGAGAACACACUGACGAGAUGAGCUUUUUUUUUUGUUCAAGGCUCAAAUUACGAGUUGUGGGGUGAUAAUUCAAUUAAAAAGUGUCUUAGAUUUUAAUCCAAGAACUAUUACUUAUGAUGAUGAGGGCCGCUCUAUUAUAACUGAAGCUGAGGUGCAAGGUUUGUUAUUUUUGAUCGUAAAUAUUUAUGCUCCAAACAAGGUUCAAGACCAAUGCCGUUUUUUUGAUAACCUAAACAAAAAUAUUGACGACUGUGUUGUUAAUGCUUCGAAUUAUUCUUAG